UCCGGCUAUAUAAACCUCUGAUCACAGAUGGAGCCAGGUGCAGUCGAUUUUUGGAUUAAUCAGCGUAACAUCUACCCAGCAAAAGCAAUCAUGAAGUACCUGGCCCUGACACUUUUCGUUUGCCUGAUGGCUAUUGCCAUUGUUUCUUCAGUUCCCGUGGAUGAGUCCUUGAUUGGGGAUAACAUUUACCAACCAGCUUUUGAUGAUGUCCAACGUCCUCAGGAUCCCCAGGCCCUUUUCAAGCUGAAGAAGCUGCUUAAGCUGAAGAAACUCCUGGGCUAGGAAGCUCCUUAAUUUGCUUUCAGCAUGUUCAGCUCAGUUCAGAUUCUAGUCCAAGUCCACUCAACACAUCCAACUCAAAAUAGUUGGGAACAUAUUCAAAAUUUAAGCUCCUUUGCCUAGAAAAUACCAUAAACCCAUGCACACACACAUAUGAGUCCAGUAUACGUA